AUGUAUAUGCCAUUUCCAGUACCUAUUCUUAAUCAUCCUUGUCAAUCAUCAUUACCUAAUGAAUACAAUGAUAAUAUAUUUAAUUAUUAUCCAACAUUAAAACGUCGUUCGCAUGAUAAUGAAGAAAUUGUAGGAAAUAAAUUAUCGAACAAUAUAGAAAAUCAACGAAAACGACGUUCAUUUAAUUCAAUAUCAUUUGAGCCAAGAUUUCAAAUGCAACAAACUACAGUGAAUGAUUUAGCUAUUGGUGUACCUAGUAAAUUAUGUAGUGUAUGUGGUGAUAUAAGUACCGGAAUUCAUUUUGGUGGUAAUAGUUGUGAAAGUUGUAAAGCUUUUUUUCGUCGAUCAGUUCAAUGCCAUCGUUAUCAAAAUUAUAAAUGUUCUGGUGAAGAGAAUUGUCCAGUGAAUAUUGUAACACGUAAGGUUUGUCAAUUUUGUCGUUAUCAAAAAUGUACAACAAUUGGUAUGAAAUCAAAAUGGGUUUUAUCGGAUAAAGAACGUGAAGAAAAAUAUGGUGCAAGACGAAAACGUUUUCGUGAAAAUCGUGCAAUUGAUGAAGAUCCAGAUAUUUAUAAAUUUUUAACAAAAGAAGAAAAAUUACUUAUUGAAGAUAUUGCACAUGCAUUAUAUCAAUCAAGAGCAACGUAUCCAUUGAGUUUUCCUAAUCCAUCAGCUUUAUUUCAAAAUCCAUCAAAAUCAUCAUCUGAUAAUACAAAUGUGCAAUCUCCACCUAGUGACAAACCUGCAAGUGGACCGGCUAAUUUUCUUAUUGUACCAAUUCAACGUCUUGUUUUAUUUGCACGAAUGUUAAAAGAUUUUGAUUUAUUUACUGAAGAUGAUAAAGUUUCAUUACUUAAAGGUUCAGCUAUUGAUAUAAUGGUCUGUUCCUCAAAUACAUUAUUUGAUCCCAAAACACAUACAUUUACAAAUUAUUUAUCACGUGAUCAACGUGCGUUAAUGGAUGAACAAAUUUUACCACUUGAUCCAUUACUUAUUAAAUUAUGGGGUGAAGAAAUAUUUACUCGUACACGAAGUUAUUUAAUAUCAAUGUGUAAUUUACGUGUUGAUGAAGUAACAUCAACAUUAUUAGUACCAGUUAUUUUAUUUUCACCAGAUCGUUUAAAUAUCAAAGAUAUUGAUUUAGUUAAACGUUUACAAGAAAAAUAUGCAACAAUAUUACGUAAAUAUAUGAAUUGGCGUUAUGGUGUUGAACAUGCUGACAAAAUUUAUCCUAAACUUUUACUUCAAAUUAUUAGUAUUCGCUCAUUAAGUUUAGCACAUGGUGAAAUUAUUCAAAAAUUUAUUGCAACAUCAGAUGUUAAUCCACUUGUACAAGAAAUUACUAUUAAACCGGAAUUAUUUGAUCGAUCAACAACAGAAAAAAUGGAUUCAUUAUCAUUAUCAUCAUCUCCAUCGGAUACAGACAUGUUAGAAUUCAAUAAACUUUAUUCUAAUGAAACUGAAAGUAAUAAUGGAUCAGACGAAGAUGAUUUUGCGAAAAAGAACUCAUGUCCAUCAAAUGAUACUAUGGAUUUCGAUAAUGAUGAUUUCGAUGAAACAGAUUUACAUAAUAUAUGGCGAAAACGACGAAAAUUAUCUAAUGCUCCUCAAUUUUCAUCUACAAUGCAAACAGAUACAAGAACCGAACAAAAUAAUUCAAAUAAUACUCAAAUGAAAAAUACAAAUAAUUAUAAAAAUAAUAAUAAAUAUUCCAACACAAAUUGUUUAUACAUGCGACCACAUGAUCAUCAAGUACCAACUAUUUUACCCGUACAACAUGGCGAUGUUAUGGUUAUGUCAAACAGUGGAUUUCCCAUACAGAAUCAGUUUGGACAAUUAUCAAAAGAUAAAGAAUCUUUAAUUUCAAGUCCUCAUUCAAUGCAACAAUUUUAUCAAACACAUUCAUUAUCACCAAAUGAUCUUUCAUCCUAUGAUUAUCAGUCACAAUUAAGUUCAGCUUAUAAUCCAAUGCCAUCACCAACAUUAGGAAAUGAAUAUGAUGAUCAACUUUAUGAAAAUUAUCGUGAUCAUUAUACAACUAUGCCAACAAAUUAUCAACAACAACAAACCGAACAACAAUUUGGUUAUCUUUCAUUAGCAAAUAACCCAAGUCCAACACCAUCGGUUCAUUCAUUAAAUAAUCCUCAAUCUCAGCCAACAACAAAUUUACCAACAGGAACACCACUUGAUGAAAAUGAACAACAUCUACUUAAUAUUAUUCAAGCUGAUCCACAUAAACGUGAUCUUGUACUUAAUCUCUUACGACAAAUGAGUCAAUCAUCAUCUACUCAACAACAACAUACAGAUUCACCGACCGAUCAUCAAUCACAGAGAAAACGUUCAAAUAAAGAAUCUGAGGAUAAAUGA